AUACAGGCUUUCCAAUCAAGAGUAAAAGAAUUGGAGCAAGAUCUUUCUUUAGCACAGAAUGAUUUAUCAGAAAUGGAAUCUUUUGAGCAUGAAUUUGAACAAGAAAAGAUAUUACUAUCUGCUGAAAACACUACCCUAAAUUAUAAAAAAAUAGAGUUAGAAGAAACUCUGUCUAAAGAAAGAAAUAAAUUAAUGCAGAUAAAGGAUAAUUUAGCUUCAGCACAAAAGGCAUUAUUAGAGAAAGAUUCCCUUUUUCAAGAAGCUAAUGCUUAUUUAGCAAAGCAGAUUUCAAAAAUAUCUGGUGAGUCGAAGUAUAAUGAAGUGAUUGGAGGUGUUAGCAGACUAGAAAAAGGUAACGGCAUCACUAAUCCUAAAACAACCUCACUAUCACCCAAUUCCUUCUUUUAG